AGCGUGUUUUGGUGUCAAGCGGCGCUGCUAGGCUAGCCGGGCCAGCUAGCAAUUCUGCAAGUCAUGGUGGGCCAUUCAGCGGGGAAAGGCUGGAGGAUGCUUUAUCGAGCUGUACUGUGGAACUGUUAAAGAAACGGGACUUAAUGCAUUUCUUACGUGCUAGUGGUCUUAAGGGCUCGACGAUACAGUUGCAAAAUCGCAGCGCGAAUGAGAAGAUGAGAACCUUAUGAAGAACAAAGAUCUGAGCACAAACUGGACUCUCUCGGACUGGAAACGCCAUCCCGGAUGUCAUAUGCCUUCUAAACAAACAGAAUCCUGCUGAAGACCCUUUCCCCCCCCUCACUUAUCUUAACACCACUUUAUUUUUUAUGUUUAUGUGUCUAUAUCCGUCUCCUUGGGCAACUAAAAGAAGUUCUGUUCCACGGUAGUGAGCCCCGUUUUUGUUUUUAUUUUUUACUUUUUGUUCCUUUGUAAAGAAAUGCUUUACCUGAAAAAGUACUUCACAGAGGGCCUGAUUCAGUUCACCAUCCUUCUGAGUCUCAUUGGGGUGCGGGUGGACGUUGACACCUAUCUAAACAAUCAGCUGCCCCCACUGAGAGAGAUCAUCCUGGGGCCUAGCUCAGCCUACACCCAGACACAGUUUCACAACCUGCGCAACACGCUGGACGGCUAUGGCAUCCAUCCAAAGAGUGUGGACCUGGACCAUUUCUUCACCACUCGGCGGCUGCUGAACCAGGUCCGCCAGCUGGAUCGCCUCUCCGUGCCCAGUACCGAGCUCAACACCUGGCUAGUGCAUCGUGACUCUGAGACUGUGGUGUCCCCCAGCAGCCAGUCCGGCCCCAGCAUCACCCUGGAAAAUGGGGCCGGCCUAGAGGACGUUAACAACCCUGACGCUACCCCGGCCAUGAGGGGAGGAAGUGGAGCUCCUGAAUCCACGUACAACCUGAACGCGGCGGACAGCAGCCUGGGAGCUGUGGCACCAGAGGGCAACCAGGAGCAGGGCGGCAGGGAUGGCAACGACGACCUCACAAAAGAGGACAUUGACUUGAUUGACAUCCUAUGGCGACAGGACAUCGACCUCGGUGCAGGAAGAGAAGUGUUCAACUACAGCAACCGGCAGAAGGAGAACGAGGAGGAGCAAAAGCCCAACCCACAUGAGAGCAAAGACGGGAAUGAGGAACAGGAGAGCUGGAGGAACGGAGUUAACCUGCAGGGUGCUCAGCCAGUGGACGGGGAGACGGGGGAGAGUAUUCCAGAGCAGCUCCCAGGCAUUGGCUCACAGACUUCUCUGUCUCUACAAGAAUGUUUGAGGCUGUUGGAGGCGACUUUUCCAUUUGGAGAAGAAUCAGAGUUUCCAGCCCCAGUUGUCAACAGAGAAAUAGUUUCCAAUGAAGCUCCUUCUACAUCUCAGGGCCUUCCUCUGGCACCACUGCUGCCCUCAGCAGAGCCACAGUUAGACCUGGAGCAGCAGUGGCAAGACAUCAUGGCCAUCAUGGAGCUACAAGCGAUGGAAGUAAACAACACUUCAGUUCCCACAAACUCCAGCAGUGUGAACGGCACGAGGGGGACAGUUGAGUCAAACACUGUUGGGAACUUUGAACUUUCGACUGGCUCCACACCAGUAAACCAGGAUGUCAGCCUUCACCAGGCCUCCCUCCCCAGCUGCAGCCAAGACUUCCCCCAGAUCUUCAAUCCCCAGUUGGACUCUAUCAGCAUCACCCCAAGAACCACCUUACCCAGACUUUCUUCCAGCAACUCCAGCAACAUAAACUCCACUUUUGGAACCACUAACCUGACUGGGAUCUUUCUCCCUCCUCACAUUAACAGUUCCAGUAACAACAUUACAUCCACACCCAUCCUGCCAGAUCCCUUCAGCACCCUGCUGGAGGAGUCCAUGCUCGAUGAGAUCAGCUUGCUGGACCUCGCCAUGGAGGAGGGCUUCAGCCAGGCCCAAGCUUCCCAGCUGGAGGACGAGCUCGACUCAGAUUCCGGUCUUUCCCUGGACUCGAGCCACAGCCCGGCGUCCCCGAGCAGCUCUGAGACGUCCUGCUCCUCUGCAGCAUCUUCUUCGUCAACGUCUGCCACCUUCUCAGAGGAGGGAGCCGUGGGGUACAGCACCGACUCGGAGGUCACCACUGUGGAGCCCGAGGAAGGGGCUGUCGGGGGUUAUCAGCCGGGUUACAGUAAACUCUGCCGUAUGAGUUAUCAGGACCCCUCUCAGUUCCACAGCCUCCCUCACCUCGACAGCAUCAGCCACAAUCACACCUACAACCUGCCGCUUUCCUCUGCGUUCGCCGAACAUCCAGAGCUCCCCAUUCCAACCGGGAAGAAGAACGUCCGCGACAAACACAACUCGAAACUCCAGACUCAUCAGGACCUGCUCGACAAGCACGCGAGUCGCGACGAACGCAGAGCCCGCGCCAUGAAAAUCCCCUUCUCCAACGAGAAGAUCAUCAACCUGCCCGUGGAAGAGUUCAACGAGCUGCUCGCCAAGCACCACCUGAGCGAACCCCAGCUCGCCCUCAUCCGCGACAUCCGCAGGCGCGGGAAGAACAAGAUGGCGGCCCAGAACUGCCGCAAGCGCAAACUCGACACCAUCAUAAACCUGGAGCAGGGCGUCCACGACCUGCGGCGCGACAAGGCCCGCCUGCUGAAGGAGAAGAUGGAGUUCAUCCGUUCCAUCCGGCAGAUGAAGCAGAAGGUGCAGAGUCUGUAUCAGGAGGUUUUCAGUCAGCUGAGGGACGAGGAGGGCCGGCCCUAUCCUCCCAGCGAGUACUCGCUCCAGUACAGCGCAGACGGCAGCGUGCUGAUCAUGCCUCGCUGCGUGACGACGGCGGAGCAGAACCGAAAGCCAGAGAAAAAACAAAAAGACAAAAAGAAGUGAGGGAGGGAAACUGCUGUGUAUUCUAUAACUUUUGCUAAGUCAAUAAGAACGAUUUCUGCAGAUGCAAGAGAGAUGUCCUUUUUUUCCUUUAAGAAGAUUCUGGUGAGUAGAAGAAAUGGCAUUGUUGACUACUCUUCCUGCAUAAGUUUCUCCCUUUUCAUUCUGUUCCUACGUUUAUUUCCUGGAAACAACUCUGAAGCUGAAGUAGCUCUUCGUUUGAGUACUGAUAUUUCAUUAUUUAGUCGGGGGGAAACAAUAAGCGAGAAGAAGAGGGAUAUAAAAAGGACAUAAAAUGAGCUAUUAGAAAAAUUUAGCUGCUCUCGAUCCUUUUGCACCAAACCACUGAGGAUGGAGGAGAUAUGUAGGGUGAAACGAGGGACUGGUGAGGAGAAAAAGCCGGAGUACGAACACUGUCAACACGGACGGUUGGAAUACCUAUGCACAGAAGGUUUUGAGGGACUAUCAGAUCACAUCCCAUCCUGAAGACUUUUGAGUGAUUUUCAUGGUCACUGAGCGUUUUAAGUUGCACAUCUUCAGGAUAGGAAUAUCAUUCAUGGGUGUGAGAGAUUAGGUACCAAAGGCUAAAGGAAGUCCAUCAUUUUAGGAGGCUAUUAACACCUAUACUAACCAAAGGUUGUAUGGUGCACAUCAUUUGAUCUGAAUACAUCUUAAAUGCUCAAUUACUGCACUCUUGUUCUGUAGAUUUGUAUCGCAGAUUCCUGUUUUUGAGUCAGUUGCAUCUGAGUUUGGAAGACCCCGAAAGAGAUCGGGGUUUGUUGUGAAUGGCCGGGGGAGGGGGGGGAUGUUGACACAAGAAAGAGUCAGAGGUUGAGAGUUCCCGGGCUGGCCGCUGCUUAAAGAGGCCUGGAGGUGAAGUCCUGCUAGAGGGGCGGAUGGAUGUUUUUAUGAAGGAGGCACACUGCAUUGCUAAACGUAUCAACUUCCUUAUAAAUUAUACAUAGCACUGUAAUUUGUCUUUAAAAGGCUUGGCUAUAUGCAUUUUGCUGUGUCUGUCGCUAUUCCUUCGCUGCAGGUUUAAAUAUCUGAAGCUGCGUUUAGGAAGGCUCUUAUUAUUAACUGUUCAUAAUCUGUAGUAUAAGCAAGGUUAGAGAUCAAUCCACAUCAGCUUUAUGUCACAGUCCACACCUUCUUUGUUUAUUUAAAUCAGCAGCAGAGCCUGUAAUCAGAAGUGUUGGGGGUGGAUGUGCAGGAGCUCUGUAUGAGCCGCAGCUCGAGGCUGUCACAUAUCAACGUUGUUAAGAUUAUUUAAGAGUUGUUCUGACACCAUUACCUUCAGGGUGAAUUCUUCAGAUACAGCUUACAUUGCACAGUAAGUUAUAAGUGAGUAAGCCCGUCAAUACAACAAUACCAUACACUGAUUAAUAAGCCCCCAACAUGGACUUUCCUCCUCUGCUUCAGAAAAAGUAGUCCGCACGGCAUGACAUAAAUUAUUGCUGCUUCUGUUUUAGAGCAGCAGAAAAACUAUUUGAAUAAAACAUGGAAUUAAAACUGGUCAUAUAAAGAAGUUUAAUGGUAAAAAUAUGGGGUUUUUUCAGGAUGCCGGAUGGUUUAUCGGUUAAGCCGUACUGCCCCAUGUGCAGAGGCUAGUAGUCCUGUUUGCAGCAACCAUGGGUUCAAGUCCGACCUCGGCCUUUUGCUGCAUGUCAACCCCGUUUCCUAUCUUUAGCUCUCCUAUCAAAUAAAUGCAAAAAAUGGCACCAAAAAAAAUGACUGAGAAGAGGUCAAAAAGCUCCAGCAGGGAUGACCCUGAUGAAGGCCACAAGCCGAAACGCAUCGGUCUAAUUUGUUAAUAAAGUUGAUCUUCUUACUACAAGUGUUGCUGGAGCUUUUUAACCUCUUCUAAGCCUUUCACUUGUUAUGCACCUUGGUAGUUAUAAUAAUAAUAAUAAUAACAAUAAUAAUAGAUUUUAUUUGUAAUGCACUUUAUAUUUUGGGAAAAAAUCUCAAAGUGCUGAAGUUGUGCCAGAAAAUCCUCUUCUUCACUUAAAAAAAUCGUAUAUAUAUUGUCUUCUCGUUAAAAUAUAUAUAUAUAUAUAUAUUGGGUUUCCAACCCUCUUAAAUUGUCAUAGGAUGUCAGGAGAAGCUCAGAACUGAGCUGCCACCAACUUUUUUUUUGGUCACCGUUCCUUUGGUGUACCCUAACCAUCGCCCACUGCGGUUUAAAUGAAAUUGAUAAAUACUCAUAUGUACUUUUUUCUGCUGCAUUUGUGUUUAAUCAGAAGCUUUAUUAUUGCCGGGUAUUUUUACACAUGCAAGGAAUUUGACUUGUAUGAAUAAAAAACGUUACACAAAAAGACAAAACGUUGCACGCCACCACGAGGCAGCCGUCUACGGUGUCAUCUUGGCGUAUUGGAGGUGUACUCGGUCGAAGUUUAGGUAUUUGAAAAGCAUCUGGAAGUAUAAUGGUUAUCAGAACAGCUCUUAUUAAUUGGUUUUCAUUUUCUUUUGAUGCCUCGUUUUUCGGUGUAACGUUUAAACAGAUUGUCUCGGUUGUCGCUGAAGUGAAGCGACAUUUAUUUAAUCGUUCCCAACAGAAAGCCACUGGAGGUAACUUUUUAACUGCUGUAAAAAAGCCAAGCUGUUGGCUUUAACAUUAUGAGUUUCUUUUCAUGUGUCGAUAACAAAGUGAGCCGAGUUCUUGAACGACAUAAAGAGGUCUUUGAAUGCGUGAAAUGUCGGGGUGUGUCGCGGCCACUUUGAUUUGAAUGCCUUUAUUUCACAAACUCAUCAUCUUCACUUUAAAUGUUUUGAGAACUGACGGGGAAAUGUUCUCAAAGUAGAAGUGCUAUUACUCGUCUUUUUGAAUGAAGUCUGUCGGUACAUGUUGCAUCGCCCUCUGUAAUAAAAAAAAGUUUAAAAAAAUAGACCACUUGUUGCAGCUGAGAUAGCGGUUAGGCUAUAAUAUCUACAAAAGGCUGAACUGAAGUCGCAACAUUAAGAUGAUGUCCAAAAACUUGUUUUGAAAGGAGAAACGUGUCCUCAUUAAACGUGUUAUUCAGGCAUGAAACUGGUUAACAUUCACGUCAGUGUAACCCAGUGCGACACCAACUAUUUAGUACUGCUACUACUUAGUGCACUUUUCUUUGUUGUCUGUCUUGUUCUGUAAAUAUUUUCAUGUUUGUGUUCGUCAUAAUUUAUGUAGUUUGUCAAAUGUCUCCAUAACGGUCUCACCCUCUGCUUUCAGUUUGGAUGUAGUUCCCUCUGUUUUGAGAUAUUUGCUGGCAAUCAAGAAUUGUUUUUAUUGAUUAAUAAAGUGUUUUUAUUUUCA